GUUUGAGAAAUUUAAGUCAUUAUCCCUUUGGAAUAUAAUUCUAGUUUGGGUUUUUAGUUCGAGAACAUCAAAAGUUGAAAACCAAAUUUGGCAAAGGGAAUUCCAGAGGUUACCUAGGAAAAGUUUUGAUCGGGUUUAUCAGACUGAAAAAAAAGCAACCCGUAGCUUAGCAAUAAAAUCAGGAAUGGAGCAAUUUACGCUUGGUUCCUUUGAAGAUCCUAGUAUGCAGAGUGUUUAUACGACUCAGCCCAAAAGUGGAGGAAAACAAAUGGGACCCAAGGAGAAGAAAGCUGCAGUUCACGAAGAAAUUAAGAAAGUGAACCAGCUUCCUGCACAUAGCACUUAUGCAACUCAUCGCAUGCGGGUUCUCAAUAAAAUUCUACAGCUUUUAUCUGUUCAGAGGACUACAUCACAAGAUGAGGAGCUAGAGUUGCUUUUUGCAGGGCUUUCCAUCUAAAACCUUUUGGCUAGUUUCCUAAAAACAUUCGUACUUGUUUCAUAACAUGCUGUGUGUGUACAUACUUAUGGUGGUCAUCUUGUUACCAAAAAUAAAAAGUGUGUAGGAUAUUGUGGGAGGUUGGUUUGUGAAGUGAAGAUCCUGUAUAAUGUUUUUAACAAGUACCUUUUUGUUUUUAUCUAAUGUUACUAUAGUCAAUGUUUCUCGCUAUAAAAA